AUGGAGGAAACGUUUGAUGGGUUGGUUGAUAAGGUUGAUGGGUUGAGUGACAAGGUUGAUGGGUUGGUGGAAAGGAUUGCCCCGUUGGAAGCUUAUGUGAAUGAGCAAUCGGCAUAUAUGAGGACGUAUGAGGAAGGCAAUGAUGGGAGAGAGAAAGCACAUGAGAAGGAAGGUGAUGAUGGUGGAGAGAAAGCACAGGAGAAGGCUGAGAAGGAAAGGAAGAAGGCAGAAAAGGCUGAGGAGGAAAAGAACUAA